AUGUGCACCAUAAGAAAAGUAAUUAGUUCCAGCUCUUCCACCCGCAAAGUCGGAGAAGACGAAGAUCUCCUCGUAGAGAUUCUCAUCCGGCUUCCUGGCCACAGAUCCGCCUUCCGAUGCAAACCGGUCUGCAGGCGGUGGAACUCUCUAAUCUCCGCUCCCUAUUUCCUCCGCCGGUUCGUCUCUCACCACCAGGCCCUGUCCGCCGCAGAAUCCGAAUCGCCCGUUCUGACCGUCUCACAAGUCCGUCAAUUGAUCUUGAGCUUCCUCCCUUCCCGUCCCCAAAUCCAAUCCGAGUUCUCCGUCCUCGAUUGCAUCAAUGACUUGCUAUUGCUGGGGUUCCAAGGGCGGGAAACCGACCAGGAGUUGCGCCGGACGUAUUUGAUCUGCAAUCCGUUUACGAAGCAAUGGGUGGCCCUUCCUUUAGCGCCGGUCGGCAGCAGUAGUUUGGGAUGGAUCGUGAAAUUGGUCCGCGAGCCGUUUGAUUCCCUGGGCGAGGACCAAUUGUUCCCCUGUCAAUUCCGGGUGGUGCGAAUCUAUACUCCGAUUACACCCCCUGCAUCGCAAGCAGAAGUAGAUGUGUACAUAUUCUGUUCGAGAUCCGGGCGGUGGACGAAGAGCGUUCUUCGUCUCGAUCGGGAAUUGAGGUGUGUUUGUGCUUAUCGUGUAGUUUCAGCCCAUGGGAAGUUGUACUGGUUGAAUUAUCUGCAGCAACUUGUAAAGUGGGAUCCUUCCUCCCCUGCUGCGCUUCCGACUUUACUAGAUGGUUGUGAGAUCGAUCAGAGAAUUAGGUGCUACGGUCUUUGGGUGUUAGAAGGUGUUUUGCACCUGGUUUGCAAACAUUGGAUGGAUGUGGAUUCGAUUCUGAGUAUUUGGAGACUGGAGGAGAAUGGAAGGGGAGGGAGUUGGAGGAAACAGUAUGAAUUCACGUUCCCUGAGAACGUAAGGUUUAUUGUCAAGAACAAAGAUGGUCGUGAGAUUGAGGUGUCGGAUUUGAGGUUUCAAAGGGUGAUUGGUUUACAUCAUGAGCGGUCAGAAGUUGUGUUUUUGUCUGUUUUUGAUGUUCCUCAUCAAGAAUCUGCUAUCUUGUCCUGGGAUAUGAGAAACAAAGAGUUCAAAUUUCUCGCCUAUCGAGAUAAAGGGAUACGACGCUUCGAUUUUCAAGCUGACCAAUUGUUCCAACCGAGAGUCACUUUCUGGCCUAGUUCGAUUCCGAACCACAAAAAGUGGCGAGACACCUAUAAUGGAAGUUAUAAUUGUUGGUUUUCACCUUCUAAUUAA